AUGAAAGAAAUGCAACACAUUGCAGCAGCAGGUUACCAACAAGCCUCGUCGUCCAAGCAAAAAGUGGACGGUGAAGACUUCAUCAAAACCGAUGUCUGCCCCAAAGCUGGAGACACCAUCUUGGAUUUAGGCUGCGGUACAGGAGAACUGUCUGCAUACCUAGCUGAGUUGGUAGGACCCGAAGGAAAGGUUAUUGGUGUCGAUCCUGACAAGGAACGGAUUCAACUGGCCAAGGAGUCGCACAAUCAAAUCGAGAAUCUCUCAUUCGUAGAAGGAAAUGCUAUAAACUUCUCAGGAAUUGGAGCUGAAGUCUACGACAUCAUUUUCAGUAGUUAUGCUCUUCAAUGGAUGACUAACAAACAACGAGUCUUCAACAACAUGUUUUCAAGUCUGAAAGUUGGAGGUAAAAUAGCUAUUAGCUACCAGGACCGUUUGCCUCCGUUUGAGUUCAACGCUUACACGCUGCUAAAUCCAGAGAACGCAGAACAUAUUUGCAACGAGAUGUACCGUUGUGAGUCCAAAACCAAUAUCAAGCAUUACUGUUUAUCAGCGGGAUUUCAAAUUGUCAAACAUGACCAUUUUUUUAUCCCCUUUGCUUUUGAAUCCAUUGAGAGUCUUUUGGAGUGGCACUCGUCAACUACACACGGUGUAUUUGAUCUUUCGCUUGUCACUGAAGAGCGUUUACAGAAGUAUCUCGCUCCAUACCUUGGCAAAAAUGGGAAGCCUUGCCAUGAUUUCCGAGGAAUAAAAGAGGAAUCCCCUGUGUAUAAACUGAUAGCCGUUAAGCAAGCUACCAACGCUAAAGAGGAAAACAAUGGAUAA